AGAGAGAGAGAGAUGGGUGUGGCGGCGCGGUGUGUGCUGUGCUGCUACGUCGCAACGUUGAUGGUGGGAUGCGGGUUUGGAGACGAGUCGGAGCGGCAAGCGUGGCCGGGAUACUUGUACACCCGAUCCGUCGGAAGAUGCACUCCCCAGUUCUGGAGCAGUGGAACAGAGGCAUGGCCUAACAUCGUCCACCAAGAAGCUGCAGUCUCGAAAGUAUUCGGGUCGAGGAUGCUGGAAAGAUACGAGCCAACUUUAACUCUACUAGAGGCAAUACGAAGGAACGACGAUGUCGGCGGCAGCGCCUACGCAAAGUUAGUGAGGCAAGGAAGUACAGCUCUUCUCAAUGCAUAUAAAAGGCCGGGGUUUCCAUAUGAUUCUUGGGAGGUCAAGACUCUCCUUUUAGAGGCCCUUGUAUCGGACGAAGCCGCAGCUUCCCAGGCCGAGCAUUUCGAGCAAGCAAACCAAGUGUGCUCUUAGGGCUCCUCUUUCUUUGUUAUUGCCUUUCUACUUAACACUGUUGUAAUUCCUAUAGGAACUUGGUUGUUCUCCCUAUCUAUAGUUAAGUCAUUAGUGGUGGUUAUUUUGGUGUUAGUGUAACUUUUGGUGUGGCUGUAUACAUAUAUGCUGUUGUAACUGAUCUUAGAGAAAGGUUGUUCCCUUUCAAAA